UCACCGCCUGGGUAGCAGCAGACGGCGCAGACGAGCCAGGCUGCGUCGAGAGUCUGAAAAGCUCCUGGGAAACUCCCACAGCGCAGAGACUUCGGAAAGGAGAGAGCUAGCAGUCCCUGCGCUCGCAAGUCUGCAAGUGAGUGCGUAUCCUGGCACCUGUUCCUCUCGCGCCACCGCCUUCCCAUCCCUCGGACCCGCGCCUCCCCGGUGCCCGCCCUGCUCCGGGGAUGAAUCCCGAGCUGGGUAACCAGACGGAUGUGGCCGGCCUGUUCUUGGCCAACAGCAGCGAGGCGCUGGAGCGCGCGGUGCGCUGCUGCACCCAGGCGUCCGUGGUGACCGACGACGGCUUCGCCGAGGGCGGCCCGGACGAGCGCAGCCUGUACAUCAUGCGCGUGGUGCAGAUCGCUGUCAUGUGCGUGCUCUCGCUCACCGUGGUCUUUGGCAUCUUCUUCCUCGGCUGCAACCUCCUCAUUAAGUCCGAGGGCAUGAUCAACUUCCUGGUGAAAGACCGGAGACCGUCUAAGGAGGUGGAAGCGGUGGUCGUGGGGCCCUACUGACCGGCCCUCAGGCCCCCCGCGGCGGCUGCCUCACACCUCCCCACUUCGCCAGCUCGGCCGCGCCCCUCACCAUCGAGACUGGGCGAAGCAAACCUGUCGGAGUCAAUGAUUUCUCUCGACUUUUGCCUUUCGGGACGAAGCGACCUGUUUCUCACACGCUCUUUGAAAGUCCCCAUGUCUGGACUAGGAGGAGAGCGCCCUGACUCUGGACUCAGCCGCAACUGGCAAGAAGAGGGCGGUUAGGGCGCAAACUUUGGAAGCUGCAGCUAGCUUGGGAUGCGGGGAAACCGACGGAGCAAAGGCCCUUCUCCACCUGCAGGUGGGCCAAGCUCUCGGGGUAGGUGGAGAGGGUGGGCAGGGGAAGAGACCCAGAGGCACCGAAUGCCCAGGCGGCCUGAAAAGUGAUCCAUGUAUAUGUCGCGUAAUGAAACUCAUGGGGACACAAAUCCGUGUCCGGAUUCACACCCAUUCUCUCCCUCUCCUCCAGCCCUGGCGGGAGAGGCAAUAAAUACCUUUGAUUGAUUACAAAUUGCCGUUUUAAGGGAUUUUUGUGUUUGCUUGAAUAUAAAUACUUGAUAUGCCCUUUUCUGCCCUAGUGGCCUGUUUGCCUGCCUGGGAGUUAGAGUUUUGUCAAUGUGGGGAAAGGGGUGGGGGAGGGGAAGCCUGAGAAUGUGAACCGGGUGAGUUGUGUGUUUUUGGUUUUGUUUUGUUUUAUUUUGUUUUUUGCAUUCACAACUGGGCCUUUUGGGAGGGGGCCGGGGCUGGUGCCCCAGCUGGCCCGGGCAAAGACUCUGAUAGAACUUGUCUGUAGCUCGUGACUGCACGAUUUACGCCACAAAAGUGCUCUUGAUAUUCGUGAUACCGUUUUGAC